CUUUUCUUUCAUAAUUACUACAAACAAAUCUUUCAUUAUCAUUUCGGCACGCUUUCCUUUUUUUUCCACUAUAACAUCAUCUACCCUAUAUUAUCUCCCUUUUUAUUGGUUGUUUUUAUUUAUUUAUUUUUUAUUUUUCCAUCCUUCUCUCUCUUUCUCCAUCCUUCUUUUAAUGAGAGGUGGAGAGAAUUAAUCAACCUUAGAGAAUACAUAUUAUUAUUAUGAAUUUGGAUAUAUGUCUCUUUUUAUCAUCAAAAAUAAAUAUUUCAUUCAACCGUUGCUUUUUCUUCACUUUGCUUUAUCUACGGUAUACUUGCAAGAAAAGAAGCUAAUUCUAGUAAAUCAAUGGCUAUUUUGUUGCUUUUAGAGUACUGAAUCCAUUACCACUCUAUUGUGUGGGUGGUUCUUCAAUAUUAAGCUGAGGAAGAGGUUAAUUACUUCUCAAUUAUUAAUAUAAUUCUAGGACAACCCCUUAAUGAGAACUGUUACCGGUGAAGAAGUGGAGAUGUUACCUAAUUCCCGCCUCUUUCAGGUACAUAGUAAAAUAUGCACAGAACUGUUAAAAUUAGUCGACAGUAUUAUGAGGAUAUUGCCAGAAAUCGAGGCAGCAAGACCAAAAUGCUCAUCAGGAAUAGAGUCUCUGUGUUUUCUGAACAACUCAAUUGAGAAAGCCAAACUACUUCUGCAACAUUGCUCCGAAUGCAGCAAACUCUACCUGGCUGUGACAGGGGACACAGUACUUUCAAGAUGCCAAAAAGCAAAAAAGUCAUUAGAAAAAAGCUUAAUCCCCAUUCAGGGUAUGGUUCCGCUUAUGUUGGCAGUAAAGGUUUCUAGAAUAAUUGAUGAUCUUGAGUUUGCUACAUUUGUUCUGGACUCUGCUGAAGAAGAGGCUGGUAGAGUUGUAACAGAAUUGCUUCAGCGAGGUACUUCAACAUCAGAUUCAGCCGAUGAUUUCGAAAUUAAAGCUCUUCAGUUUGCAGCACCAAGAUUGAAUUUAACAUCUAAAAAGGCCAUAUUAAUAGAGAUAAGAUCUAUCAAGAAGUUGGCAGUUAAAGUUGGACCAAAUGACCAGAAAAAGAAUAUGAUCUUGAGAUAUCUUAUGCAUCUAUUGAAAAAGCAUGGAAACUUCAUCGUAGGAGAACACAUGGAGGAGUUUUAUUCUCAUAGCAAAGAAACAAAAGCAAAUGAUAAUAACUCAAGUCGUGAUUCUCGACGAAGCCGUCGUGUUGAGUCAGAUCCUAGCUUGAACUAUGGUCAAUAUAGAUCUCACACCAGUGAAUUGGAUAGAGUGAUCCCUCCUGAGGAAUAUAAGUGUCCAAUAUCCUUAAGAUUGAUGUAUGAUCCUGUUAUCAUUGCUUCUGGAGUAACAUAUGAAAGGAUGUGGAUAACAAAGUGGUUUAGUGAGGGUAAAACUAUAUGUCCAAAAACAAAAAAGGAACUACCUCAUAUGUCAUUGACUCCAAAUGUUGUCAUGAAGGACUUAAUUUCAAAGUGGUGCAAACAUAAUGGAGUCUCCAUUCCUGAUCCAAGUAGACAUGCAGAAGAUUUUCACUUAAUGGACGCUUCAAUCACCUCCAUUAAGAGUUUGGGAAGUUAUUUCAAUGAUUUGAAUUUGUCAAUGGAUCUUACUAGCAUGUCACUUGGAUCAUUGGAUACUAGUUAUAACUCAGACGCCUCGCGAGUUAAGACCAAUAAUGACUUGAAUUUGAUGAUGAGCAAGACUAGUGAAAAUUCUUACAAGCAAAGAGUUCAUGCAGAGAUACACGAUACAGAUUUGAUGCUCUUGCCUAAACUUCAUGAUCUUCAAUGGGAUUCUCAGUGUAAGGUCAUUGAAGAUUUGAAAGAUCAUUUGAAAAGCAAUAGCCAAGCUAUUUCUUCUGUGUCAGCUGAAAAUUUAGUUGAACCAGUAGUCAGAUUUUUAAGCAAUGCAAAUGAUCUGCAUGACGUGAAAGCGUUGACAGCUGGAACUCAGCUUCUGUUGGAAUUUGUGAAUUACUGCAGAAAUGGUAUGGAUAAUUUAAGUGAAGAUACAUUCAUUAAGUUGGCAAAUCUUCUUGAUUCAGAAGUGAUAGGACAAGUACUUGCCAUAAUGGAAGAACUGUCAGGGGAUGGAUAUAGUAAAUCUAAAAUUACAGCAUCCAAUGCACUUACUUGUGUCCUAAAAUUACUUGAUUCUGAUAACAAAGGGUUCCAACAGCAAGCUAUAAGAAUAAUGUACAAUUUGUCCUUCAAUAUUGAAGUUUGUCCCCACAUGGUAUCCCUCAACUGCAUCCUAAAAUUGCUGCCAUUUUUCAAAGACAGGGCAGUUUUGAGAUACUGCAUAUAUAUAUUGAAAAACAUUUGUGAUACUGAAGAGGGUAGGAAUUCUAUUUCUGAAACUAAAGGAUGCAUAUCUUCUAUUGCUGAAAUACUUGACAGUGGAAGUAAUGAGGAGCAAGAACAUGCUUUAGAUGUUUUACAAUCUUUAUGUUCAUGCUCUCAAAGUGUGGAUUAUAGCAAGUUGAUUUUGGAUGAGAAUAUCAUCAAUCCUCUUUUCUAUAUCUCACUGAAUGGAAGUGAUAAAGGAAAGGAAAGUGCAUUGGAACUGCUACAUAUCUUGAGAGAUGCUAAAUAUGUUGAGAAUGAAGAUAGCUCCUCUGAACCAAUUACCAACACUUCUAGAGAUUCCAAUAGUCACCAUGAAGAAAACAGAUCAUCAAAGAGAUCACCAUUUCUGAAGUUGUUCUCAAAACCCAGUUCACAUGCAGCAAAAACCAAAAGGUGAAAAGUGAACUCAGCAUUUCAACCCAUAUUAUCCCUGUGAUAUUAUUGUGGGGAUUGAUAGAUAGCAGAUACGGUUUGGUUUGUAUAUGGGACCUCAAUCUUUAUGGAUGUGUCUUAUAUGGUUUUGGCCUUUCUUUAGCUUAACACUAAAUCUCAUCUUGUAGCAUUUUUAGCUCUAAGUAUUCAUUCACAAUGCAUAUGCGGCUUAAUUCUGCACUGUAACAGCAGGAUUUGUGAUGUAAAGGUGUACUUAUGAUUAUGAUGUAUUAUUUUGACAUUCUAAUUUAGAGCUUAUUAACAAUUAGAAUAGAUGAUAGUGCCCCCACCCCCUUCCUGUCAACAUACUUUAGACCAGUUGCCUAUUUUAUUGUCUAUUCUUGUUGUAUAUAUAUUAAACAUAUCUACAUUUUGAGCAUUGAUUGUAAAAA